UUUUUUCUCACCUUCCCCUUUCUUUCUCUUCUCCUCUUUUCUUCCUGUUUUUCUUGUCCCCUUUGGUUCUCCUUCAUUACAACAAUGAUACAUUAGUUAGUCUCUCCUUUUUAGUUUAGGUAUAAAUACGUUAUUUCUACAACAAUUAUGUGUUAUCUUUGGUCAACAAUUACUUUUACAUUGUUUAUUCUAUUCUCAUCAAACAACUACUCUAUUCUCGUUAUUAGACAGAUGCGAAAAACCGAUGGCAAGUACCGAAAAGUAAACGGGGGGGUCUGUCUGUGUGAACAAGGACUGUUGGGCUGUCAAGAACUGCUCUUCAACUCAAGGUCGAGACAUACAAGCGGCGUUGACCAUAUGCUUGGCGGGGGGUGGCAACUACUGAUAACCAGCAAAUGGCACCAUUGAAAAAAAACAGGCUUUAAGACUGAUUAUUCAACAUUACACCACGACAAUCUCCUGGGAGAUUCGUCUCCUGGGAGCUAGACUCAGUUUAGAACAAAUUCGUUUAUUGGAAAGUAUAUAUGUAAAAUAAAAAUAUAUAUAUAUAUAUAUAAACUAUUGUCGACCAACAGUUGUUGCAUCACGUAAUUUGCCCACUUCAUCUAAUUUCUGUU